UGGUAGUCUGCUGCGGGACCAGGACAGACAGCUGAGGGGGCUCUGAAUGUCCAACUGGGACAGUCCGUGGACUACCGCGAACUCUCACGCACGAUACACAGGUCUUCACAGUUGACUGAUGAGCAGCUGAUAGGACUGAGCUACUCCGAUUGGCACAGAGUCAGCAGUGCCAGACAAGACAAGUUUGGAGGACAGAAGACAUAGUUGCUACUACUGGUGGUUUACUAGUGGUUAGCCUUAGCAUACUUGUGGGAGCUUGGCGAUGGUCACAACCAUGGACGAUCCUUGUCCCAAUGGGGUACAGGAGAAGGAGGAGAUGCCCUCAGGACAACCUGGCGUGGAGGGGCCCCCAGCUGUGCAGUCCCCCCAGGGAGCAGAUACAUCUGGAGCCAUGCAGCAGGUGAUGGAUAAUCUGGGAGAGGUGCCCACCUCCGCGGGUGCCAAAGACAUCGACCUGCUUUUUCUGCGCGGCAUCAUGGAAAGUCCCAUUGCUCACGAGCAGCUGGAGGAAGUGAAGCUGGAGGCGGUGCAGGACAACAAUGUGGAGCUGGUGACAGAGAUCCUGGGUGACAUCAGCAGCCUCAAGGUGAAAGACGAUAGUGCGGCUGAACUGUCCAGGAUUCUCCAGGAGCCGCACUUCCAGUCUCUUUUGGAGGCCCACGACAUGGUGGCAUCAAAAUGUUAUGAAGUCCCUCCUCCGGCCGAUACGACCAAUGAUGCAGCAGUGAACAGCGCUCUCAUGCAGGCUGAUGCCGUGCGCAUGAUUGGCAUCAGAAAGAAAGCUGGGGAGCCACUGGGUGUGACAUUUCGUGUAGAGAAAGACGAUCUGGUCAUUGCCAGAAUCCUUCAUGGCGGUAUGAUUGACAGACAGGGUCUGCUCCAUGUCGGUGACAUCAUUAAGGAAGUCAACGGGAAAGAUGUUGGCAACAACCCCACUGAGCUGCAGGAGAUGCUCAAAGACUGUAGUGGAGGGAUCACAUUGAAAAUCCUUCCUAGCUACCGAGACGCUCCUGCACCUCCACAGGUGUAUGUGCGGCCAUACUUUGACUACGACCCAGCCAAUGACAAUCUGAUCCCUUGUCGAGAGGCAGGAAUGGCCUUCCAGAAGGGUGAGAUCCUCCAGAUUGUCAACCGAGAGGAUCCCAACUGGUGGCAGGCGUGCCAAGUAGUGGGCGGAGCCACAGGACUGAUACCCAGUCAGUUCUUAGAGGAGAAGAGGAAAGCUUUUGUGCCCAGAGACUUUGAUGGAUCAGGAAUUCUUUGUGGCACCAUAGCUGGAAAAAAGAAGAAGAAGAUGAUGUAUCUUACAGCCAAGAAUGCAGAAUUUGAUAGGCACGAGUUACAGAUUUAUGAGGAAGUAGCAAAAGUUCCUCCGUUCCAGAGGAAGACCCUGGUUCUUAUCGGGGCUCAGGGAGUAGGUCGACGCAGCCUGAAAAACCGACUGAUGGUCCUCCAGCCUACUCGCUUCGGCACCACCAUACCAUACACCACACGGAGGCCAAGGGAUGAGGAGUUAGAUGGCAACUCCUACCACUUUACCUCAAGGACGGAGAUGGAGGCGGACGUCAAAGCUGGCCGCUUUCUGGAACACGGCGAGUACGAUGGUAACCUCUAUGGCACAAAGAUCGAUUCCAUCCAUGAGGUGGUCGCCACAGGGCGCACCUGCAUCUUGGAUGUAAACCCACAGGCUCUGAAGGUAUUGAAAACAGCAGAGUUCAUGCCCUUCGUGGUGUUCAUUGCAGCACCUGAUUUUGAUACUCUCAAAGCAAUGCACAAAGCUGUGGUGGAUGCAGGCUUCACAACUAAACAGCUCACAGAUGUGGAUCUGAGGAAAACAGUGGAUGAAAGUGCCCGGAUCCAGAGGGCUUACAGCCACUACUUCGACCUGACCAUCGUCAAUGACAACCUGGAUAAGGCCUUUGAGACAUUACAGGCUGCUGUGGACAAACUGUGCAAUGAACCCCAGUGGGUCCCAGUGAACUGGGUAUACUGAGGACCAGCACCAGUGCUUCCACUCUCUGCUCUGCAUGGGUCACAGUGACCCAUCAGUGUGUGUGUGUGUGUGCUUCUGACCACAAAGGCCAAAGAAGAGGAGAAAGGAGGGAAGAGAAACCAAUGAAAAUAACAUAAUUGAUGAAAUUUGAUCUCUCUCUCUUCUCUUGGGCCUGCACACUGUGCAACUUUUUCUACUCAAAACUCAAAGGGAAAGAGUGCUUAUUUAUUUUAUACAUUUUUAUGAAAGAUCUUUCUAUUCAAUGUUUGAUUUCACUGAGAAUGAAACAAAGAAAAUAUGUAUGUGGGCCAUGUUCUUGAAUUAAUUUAUUGUUGUAGUUCUGUGUCAUUUUGUAGUGGUUCUAUUUAAAGUUUUGUCAGCCCUUCUCCCUCACACACAUGAUCACCAAAGCUCCACGAUGAGGACAAGUAAAGGCUAUGGAUCUUGGAGAAGUUAUUUUUACAUGUCAAAGCUAUGCCUGAUCAACCACUGUAGCUGUUUUAUUUUCACCUUGAUACCACUGAAUUCUUUAGUGUUUUUAAGUCGCUGGCCCCGAACCUUUUAAUCUGUGUCCCUCACUGGAUCAGUUGGGUUAAUCAAGAGUUUUAAAACCUGUUUGUGCAAAAGUACUCCAGUGUGCAGAAGAAAAACUAUUUAGUAAGUAGUUUUUCAAAUAUCAAAUUCUCUCAUUUUUCUAGUUUUGUUUCACAAUUUUAUUAUUUUUUUUUAAAUCAGUGUGAUUUAUAGUGUCUAGUGUUUGGUCUCAGAUGAUCCUCAGCUUUACACUUGACCUGUCUGUUUAGUUUUAAGUGACGUUUAAAGCAUCAUUGCCUGACAUCUUUUACCGUUUUCACAAGCCAGUUUCUUUCAUGUUUUGAUUUUUGUGAAUGCAGCACACCCCAGUCAGUCCUUAACGGUUCUUAUGUUGAGUGUCAUAGCAUGCCAAAGUCCUGAACUGGGCUCCAAAUAAAAUUUAAAACCCACAGUUCAAUGAACCGGUUGAAAAUAAUGUGACUUUGAAUGAUACAUGCAUACAGCAAAGCCAAACUGCCAAAUGCUAAAACUGUAGCAUUGCUAUAUGUCCUCUGUUUUGUAUGUUUUUCUCAAAAAAGAAAAAGAAAAAUCAAGCAACUUCAGUUUCAUUUGCAAAUUAUUUGCUCUGAAACUGUUUUGCAUUUCUAGGGGUAAAAAAAAAGCAAAUAACUGAUCUUGUAUGACAUUAUUUGUUAAAUGUAAGUUUCAAAAUCCCGAGAUCAAUGUGUGCCAGACCUGCAGUCUAAGUGUUUCCUCAUCAACCCCAUGUUUGUGUUUGUUUGUACAUUUUUUAUUAGUAAAGUUCUAAUUAAUAAAAUUGAAAAAGAUCUCAAUAAAAAUAAAUGAAAAAUAUGUGCUGCAUAUUAAAAUAUACCUCAAAGAGCUGACUAUUAAACCCCAAUAUGCUUUGGUACAGAAAAAGGCAGUUAAAUUGAAUGGGUCCAUCAUUAAACAUUGAAACUAUCACCUUCUUUAUGUUUAACAUGUUUAAAUUCUUUAACAAGACAUAUGUAUGACAUGGUAUUUAUUAGUCUUCAAGUCAGAUCUAUGAGUGCUUGAAAACAUACAAAAAGCUUUAAUUGUGAUUAAUGUGUGUUAAAAUUCAUGUUAAAAUGUGGACCAUAAGUUUCAUCCAUCUCCAGGCUUCUACCACUGCUGGGAAAGGAGGGAGCUGGUCAUAUGUCUGUUACUGACAGCCUUGUAUCAAAAUGUCUGGGGGAAAAGACCCCUUGUACUGGUAAUUUUUUUGAAAAAUCUAAAAUAAACCAAAAUGUGAUUCUUUUUUUUU